AUGUAUGCAGCCGAGCUGAAUGUGUCACUUACUGUGGUAGUGAUGGAUGUAACUGGAUCCAGUGCAUCCAAUUGUGCUGAAAAUCGUGUAGAGUUUGUUUCGAUUACUGUUGUACCUGCUGAUGACCCACUGGUUAUUGGCACUAAAAGCAGUCCAGGUACAACAACUCAGCCUGCACACCAGCCUAUAACUGAGAGUGUCACAUCAGAGGUUGGCAGUACAAGCCAGUCCAAUGUGGCGCAAGCUGACCAAACACAACAGCCUGAAAAUCCUUUCAAUCCAUUUGAUAAUGAGGAGGAAAAGAGAGAUGCUAAUGCAACCGAGGAGGUAAAUGUAGAAGAUGAUGAACCUAUAGCCAAUUAUAAAAGACAGAAGAUGCCAACAAAGAAGAAGACGCCAACGAAGAAGAAGACGCCGAUGAAGAAGACGCCGGUGAAGAAAACACCAGUUAAGAAGAAGGCACCAGCCAAGAAGAAGAAGACGCUGGUUAAGAAGAAGACCCCGGUGAAGAAGAAGACGCCGGUCAAGAAAUCAGCUGAACAAAAGGGAAACAACAAGCAAACUCAAGAACUUUUCUUGUAG